AUGUACGGUUUAGUGGAAUCAACAAUCCUCACGAUCCGACCAUCCAUCGUUUUGAUGCUAGCGAUGCUAGUGGUGGAGCUGUACACCGGCCCAGUAACGGUCAUGUACGAACGGCUAGAACAGCGCAAAGGAUUUGAUCUUGUUGAUUACAGAAACAUUCGUAUCCGAAAGUACAACCGUACAGUUUCCGUGCUUGACGGGACGAUUGACUCAUUUCAAGCGCUAGAUGACGAUUACUCCUUUGCAGUUCAGCUGGCGUACAGUACGUUGGGUAACAACCAGUUCAUAACCUCACCGUUUCGACUGCCGUCGCAAAACAUAUGCGAGUUCCUUAACACCACCUAUCGCGACUAUCGGGAGAUCUACAGAAACACGACGAACUUUCCGGACGUUGGUGCGUGCCCUAUCGAGGCAAAGCAGUAUUACAUAAAGAACCAAGUGCUGGAUGCAAAUAUUAUCAACGAUUAUUUCCAAGCAGGGUUGUGGAAGAUAACUUGCUCCAUGUAUGAAAAAAACAAUCCCAAACUAGCUAUCUUCGAGGGGGAUUUGUUUUUUCGGGUAUCACGCGAAGGACUGUUCUAA